AAGAAGAACCCCAGCAGCAGAAAAGGACUGAAAUUUGUGUGGAUGGUGCGUCGUUUUUGCAUUUUGCUAGCGAAAAAAAAAGUUUAUAAAACAAUCUUUUGGUGCAAAAUUUGCCAACAUUUGGUAAAUCAGCAACGUUGUGCAACUAGUAACGGCCAGUUUGGUGGUGUUUGAGAAUGUUACCGAGGAAAUAGUACUUCUUUUUUUUCCUGUGAGGUUCCGGACCGUUCGCGAUGGCCGCGCACGGCAAGCGGUUCCGCUUCGGUCAGCCGAACCGUGGCCACGAGAGCGUGCUGCUGAAGGUGCUGAACCGGGAACACUCGGGGGUGUUUGCCGGCGGGUUGACGCGCAAGUCACGCGAGCUGCCCUUCCGGGAGGUGCCGGAGCAUCUGCACUUUUGCCUGAAGGAGAUCGUACCGUACUGUUACCUGCAGGGGCACGUGUUCAUGGGGUUGACGGCGUGUGGCCAGUUUUUGAUCAGCUAUAAGGCUUCGUGCGAUUACGACGAGGUCAUUACGAGCGAGUACAACUUUUCGUCGAAUUAUAAGUACGAGUUGUACUUUUGGAUUUAUCGGCCGCACUUUCUGCUCAGCAAGUACUUCCAGGUGUGUCUGUUUGAUGACCACGGGGUGGACGACAUCAAGACGGUGUCGAUGACCCAGUGGAAGACGGACCAGCGGCUGUUGUUGGUGCAUGGUGCGAGCGAGAAGGACGAUUGCGAUUCGUACGUGACGGUGGUGCGAGUUCCGACGCUGGGUUGUUUGGACUGCAGGAAGUUGCGGGACGAGACGGCGGAAGAGGAUGGCGGCGAGAACCGGGUGGACAUUCUGUGCAUCAAGUGCAACAUGACGAUCCACACCAAGUACAGGAAUUCGGACUCGGGACCGAGGUUCAACCCGCGGUAUAAUUUGAACUGUCCGGGUUUUAUCAUCAUGAGCGAAAACAGCUUCAUCCACACGGUCAACAUUCGGCUGGACAUGAGUCGUUGUCCGGCGAGGCGACCCGCGGCGAGUUCCGCAGUCCUGAGUAGUAAGUACAUUUCGCAAUAUCCUCCGCGAGAACCAACUCCCACGAAAGAGCCGCAGCCAAAAGUUCCAAUCCUCGCUGCAACGGCACCGCCGAGACCACCAACUCCCGCCGCGGCACCACCACCACCACCACAAUCUUCCCUGAGCAUCGCCGACCAAAUAAUUGCCGACUUUGCCGAAUAUGAGACUGAAACCUGCGAGUCGCGGGGCGCCACCAGACUGUCUUCAACAAGUUCCUCGUCAACGACGACCACCACGACCACCUAUCCGGAAAACUUUGACGAGUUGGUCAUUACGUGCACGCAGCAGCCGUUACGGCCGUCAAUGGCGUCUCCGCCGCCGAACGUCCGCCUCAUGAACCAUCGCACCAACACCAACAUCGAGUUACGGAUCACUUCUCCCGAAGGGAGUGGUGGCGGCGGCCAAACGCCCAAAUCGUACGUCACCCGGGUCGAUCUCCAAGCCACCGCCAGCAGCAGUAGUUCCUCGGGGUCUUCCGGUCGGACGCCACUCCGACGGCGAUCCUACCUGGCCGCAUCGUCCCGUUCGCCAACCGAAUCAAACAACGUUCCUAGCACCAGCAAUGCGGCCGCCGCCAAGGCGUAUGAGUUCUCGGAAGACACGGAGCCGGGCGAGAAAAUCAGCACCUUCCGGAAGCGCCGUCUAGCGGACAAAAAGUACGAAUUCUCCGAGGACAGCAGCCACGGCGACUCGGUCAUCGUCCCGUUCAACCGGCUACGAGCGCGCGGCCAAAACCCCGCCGGCUUCGAAAUGACCACCCAUCUGCACCGCGCCUCCCCAAGCCAUGGCUUCCGAUCGCCGUGCGGAUCCCCAGUCGGCAAUCGCUACCUCCGAUCACCACCGGGAAUCCGAUCCCCCAACUACUACCGGCACCACUCCCCGGUCGCAACUCCAUCGUCCAACCCCCGGCCCCAAACCGCAGCUCAACUCAUCAAAAUGUCCAACUUUGACCCGAAGGACUACAUCUACUCCGGCAGCUUGACCACCACCACAACUUCCACCAACUCCGACCAAGACAUCCCCAAGUUCUUCAUCGACGCCAUCCACAAGUUCAACGAGAAGAAGCUCCAAGCCGCCGCCGCCGAGGGCAACAACGAAAACUUCAACUCUGACAACCUGCUGCCCUCCUCCCUCAAACCGGACCCGGUCCAAGUAAAACCGGAAAAACCAAUCUGCUCGAAAAAGAUCGUCAAAAUCUUCGUCGAAGAGGACGACGCCAACUCGGUGGUGACCACGGAAGAGGACGACUGCAUCUCGCCCGGCUAUCACACCUCGCUCCCGAUGGAAGUUCACGGAUCGUGCUACUCCACCAUGCAGAUCAUCUCGCCGGCCUCCUUCCAGAAGCUGCACUGCCCCGCCGUCGUGGUCACGCAGAACUCGUUCGACAUGGAGACGUUUUCGUUUCACGUCGCGAACCACAUUUGCGCCAAAAGUGACAAAAAGUACGGCAUUCUGUUCGAUUCGGCGUACGAGCUGACGCACGUCUGCCCCCUCACCGAAACCGUCACCUGUACGAUGGUGCUCCAGUUCACCGCGAGCGACACCAACAAGGCGAGCAAGUGCCACAACUGCCUCACCACGAUCGACUGUCCGACGCACCGCAAAAUCUACCAGUGCCGGUCGCUCUUCACCUGGAACAUGGCGACCGGCGUUUGGACCGUGCUCGAUUACGGCCACCUCGGCAACGGGCCCUAUCUGGAGCUGAAGAAGCUCGCCUCGAACUACAACCGGCUGCUCGGCGAGUUGCGCUACUUUACGCGCAAGUUGUUCGGCAAGGACAGCACCGCCCAGGACAUGGCCCGAACCUACGAAUAUCUGGGCCACCUGCGCGUCCUCGACUGCAACAACGAGAAAACCAAGCAGCGGCUGGUGGAUCUCGUGCACAUGAUCGAGUUCUACCGGAAGCAGCGCGCUGGUGGUGGCGAAAGCGACGACAGCGAAGAGGAGGACAGCGAGGACGACGACUCUAUCAGUACGGUAGGUUCCGAUCGGGACGAUGCCAACACGGUCGUGGGCGAGGCAGGCCUCACGUCCGACACGGUUAGUGAUGAGGAUGAUAAUUAGGGUUAGGCGGUUAGGAAUUUUUAAAACAUCGUGAUACAAGAUAUUGUCCUCCUUCUCUCUACCCAUCUCUAUUCUACGUAUAUUGUGGUAAGCAAAUUUUUAGCGUGUACAUUUUACCCCACACAGGAAAAAAACACUAUUCCGCUCAAAAGAAUAGCAGCGAAGUGCGCCGCAACACCACUCAGUUUAAAAAUAAAUUGUAUUUAUUGAAUCCCCCAA